CAGUAUGAUGGAAGAACGGCCCCUCAAUUUCCCUUCCAUCCACAAAAUCGGCAAUCGCGCUUACAAUACGCACUGCAACUUCACCAUACAAUAUAAAUAUUUAAUGAGCACUAUUGAUAAGCUCCUAUUGGUCGUUCGUCCAGCGAUGCAUUCAUUUGCUGACCCUUCACAAUCUCCCAGUCUUCACGCGAAUAUUUCGUGAUACUACGUUGGACUACAAUUCGAUAAAUACAUUUAAACGAAAUUAUAUUUCUUUUUUUCCCUCGUAUUUUAUCUAGUGCAUUGAUACCUUAGUAUACUCGUUUGCACAUAUAUAUAUAUAUAUAUAUUUUAUGUACACGGAGAGCAAGGAAGUUAUGAAGCAUAAAAGCACUAUUAAUCGUGCGGCAAAAUUUAUGCUCACCUUGCUCGGUAUUUGGCCAGAUAUAUCCUACGUUAUGUUCUAUAGAAUGUUUUGGACUGUUACAAUGUUAACAUUUCUAUUUUAUCAUUAUCUAUAUUUCUUGGCACAUUAUCAUUCUAACGAUGUGUUCGACUUGAUGGACUGUUUCAGUAGUUUUUUAGGAUAUUCGAAAAUAAUAAUGUAUUUCGUCUUCUUUUGGUUCAAUCAACGAAUUUUCGACGAAAUUUUAACGAUGAUGGCAGAGGAUUGGAAUGAUUGCACUGAAAGUGAUAUUGAGAUGCACGAAACAGUAAAUAAAGCGAAGAUGUCAAAUCAUAUCACCAAUGUGAUUAUGACUCUUCAUGUAAUUAGUCCAGUCCUAUAUGGGAUGAACAUUAUUCUGGCCAACGUCGAUAUCACCGAUCAUACGGUUGAACUACCCCACAUUUUCAAAAUGGAAAUUCCUUUCAACAUAAACACGCAAUGCACAUAUAAAGUAGUGUUAAUUGUGGAAUUAAUACAUCUCGUCAUGUGCAGUUUGUCCUUGGGCGUAAUAAAUGUUUUGCUGUUAAUUUUGACCCUACACAUAGGUGGACAAUUAAAUAUCCUCCAUAGAUGGUUAGCGAAGAUGAUAUUCAAAGAGAAUAAACAUAAAUCUAUCGCCAUUAUAAUGAAAAAAAUUAUUCGGAAACAUCAGAAAAUUAUUUAUUUUGCAAAAAAUGUUGAGAAUUUGUACACAUUUAUUGCGUUCAUGCAAUUUAUAUCAAACACCAUAAUGAUUUGCAUAAUAGGAUUUUUAAUCGUAACAGCGCUCGGCAAUUCUAACGCUACGGAAAAGAUAGUAAGAAUGAUUCCGUAUUAUAGCAUAACGAAUCUUGAAGCGUUCAUAUUCUGUUAUGCUGGGGAAUACCUGAUUAACAAGAGCAAAACAAUAGGAUUAGUUGCGUAUAAUAUCGCCUGGUACGAAUUGGAACCAAAAUAUAGUCGUAGUCUGUUAUUCAUAAUGUUAAGAGCGCAGAAACAUUUGACGCUUACAGUUGGGAAAAUGAAGAAUCUGUCGUUACAAUGCUUCGCAAGCAUAAUAAACUCUGCAGGCUCAUAUCUAUCCGUAUUAUUGGCAAUGCAAUAAAUGCCACAUUUAUCUCAG